GCAAAGUGUCACAGCGGACACAUGUCCCAUCGGGGCGAGGAGCGUCGCUGGCGUGAUGAGCAACGGCGCGCCGAGUACGGACGCGAAGAGCGGCGAUGGCGGGGCGGUUCGCGACGGCGGUCGCGAUCGCGCGAUGAGCCGCGGCGGGAUGAGCUGCGAUGGCGCGACGAGAGUUGGCAAGGCGAGCAAUGGUGGCACCAUGACGGGCGGCAUGACGAGCGGCGCGGCUACAACGACUCCUGGUGCAGUGGUCGCGAGCAGCGAUGGCACGCUGAGCCACACGCCGCUGAGCGAUGGCGCGACGAGCCAUUGCGAGGCGAGCCGCAUCAUGACGGGCGGCACGCGCGACCAUGACCGGCGCGACCGCCGCGGCGAGGGGCAGCCUCAGCACAGCGACCGCCGGUUGAGUCCGCCGAUGCGUGGUGCGGGAUCGCGCGACGAGAGGCACACCUCUGCUGCCAGUGGUCAGCUCAAUGCUAAGCAGCUCAGCGGCCGUAUCUCGCAUGCCAGCGGCGCCGACGAGCUGCUCACGCUCUUUGCUGCCCACAGCGCGAGCUUGGACCACAUUCACGCUGCGAACCUGUGGAACAAACUGGGCAAGCAGCGCGUCGAGCGGCGGCACGAGGAGCAGCUUGAGCGGCUGGUGCAGCGCACGCUCGUCCUCGUCUCGUCCGACUCGCUCGCGCGGGAUCCGUCGAGGUGGAGCGAGGAAGCCCGCCGUCAGCUGCACCAGUGGCAGCUCUGGCUCUUCCUUGAGCGAGGAGCAGACGCGCAGCAGCAUCUUCUUCCCUCCCCUCAGCGCCAGCUUUGCCGCGACGCUAUGGUGGCGACCAUAGCUCGGCCGUCAGGCUUGCAGCGCUCCGUCGCGGCUGCCCUCGCCGCCGUCCAGCACGGCUUCGAGGAAGAGCAUCUCGAGCCGCGCACCGGCUACUCGCUCGACCUGGCGCUGCCCUCGACACGCUUCGCGAUCGAGGUGGACGGCCCCUCUCACUUCCUGCUGCCCGACGGCCGGGGCGUGCGCAGACCCAAUGGGCCAACGCUGCUGAAGCGGCGCCUCCUCGCGGCGGCUGGCUGGAGGGUGAUCAGCGUUCCAUUCUACGAGUGGAACGGCGUCGCGACGGCCAAUGGGCAGCAAACCUACCUGGAGAGGGCGGUCGCCCCGCUGUUGGGCUAGUACUUUGGUGCUUUGUGUGGGUCGCGUUCCCUUGGUAGCUGCGUGGCUGAAGCCCUCGUGCCGCCGCACUAUCAAACUAUUAGCCUAAUAACGUAUGAGUAU